AAAAGUUCUUUUGCAAUAAUAAAUUUUUUGAAAGAAAUUGUUAGUUUCAAUUACAUAUGUAAAUUUGUAUUAGCGUUACAACUUGAAAGUAUGUCAGAUAAUUAUAAUUUUUUUUAUUGAAAUCUAAGGAGUAAUAUUAAACAAAUAACAAUAUAUAAGUGUAAAGAAGGUGCAGUGAAAAUUUGACAAGAUACAUAUGUAAAUGCUUUUAUUUAAGACAAACACGAGACUAACAUUGCAACACCGCCACCAUGCCCCAUUCUAUCCGAACGAUAGACCGUACAUCCUUCAACACAAAACAACGUAUCAUUUUACUACGCAGAGGACCAAGUAUCAGAUACACACACAACAUCAAUACCAGAAGAUUCAAAAAGUAAUACAUACAGUAAUUAAAGUGCCACCGAAAUAAAUCAAUAAUGGAUACGUUCGAUGUAUCGAAUCGAAACAGCUGGUAUUUCGGCACAAUGUCUCGCCAGGAUGCUACCGAAGUGUUAAUGAAUGAACGUGAUCGUGGUGUAUUUCUAGUACGUGAUAGUAACUCCAUCGCAGGUGAUUAUGUGUUAUGUGUAAGAGAGGACACUAAGGUUAGCAACUAUAUUAUAAACAAGAUACAACAACAGGAUCAAAUUUUCUAUAGAAUAGGUGAUCAGCUAUUCGAAAAUUUACCAAAACUUUUAACUUUUUAUACGCUACAUUACCUUGACACGACGCCACUUCGACGCCCUGCUUCAAAGAAGCCAGAAAAAGUUGUUGGCAAAUUCGACUUUGACGGCAGUGAUCAAGACGAUCUACCAUUCAGACGUGGCGAGAUCUUGACUGUUAUCCGUAAAGACGAGGAUCAGUGGUGGACAGCAAAAAAUCAGCAAGGGCAAAUUGGUCAAAUACCUGUACCUUAUGUUCAAAGAUGCGAGGAAAAUACAGAUGAUAAUUGCAUUGAUCGACCCCUGUCGAGUAUAAGUAACUGUGGUAACCCUUUGGGGCCUAGUAAUAGUCUUCGUUCUCCACUUCUGGCGAAUGCCACCUGCAAAAGUGAUGCCACAGAAUCUUUAAUUACUGCAAAUUGCCACCAGUUAAGCAAUUCUCUUAAAAAGUCCGACCUACAUCGAAAGCUACCAGCCUAUGCUCGCGUGAAACAGGCACGUGUACCCAACGCUUAUGACAAAACAGCAUUAAAACUGGAGAUUGACGACGUAAUUAAAGUAACCAAAACUAACAUAAAUGGUCAAUGGGAGGGGGAGCUAAAGGGCAAAAAGGGGCAUUUUCCAUUCACACACGUUGAAUUCAUUGAUGAUUGCGAGCCACUACAUAGUCCCGAAAGUAAUACGACGGAGGCACAUUCUGUGCAAAGCACAAAAAAUGAUUGGGGGGAAUAAGUUAUUUGAGGAAUUUCAUGUCGCAUGUUUUCCUGCGAUGUUUCUCCUUAAUAAAUCAGAACACAAAAAUGCAAAAUAAUGAAUAUGAAAUUUGUUAGUUAUACUAAAGAUAAAACUAGAAUACCAUUAACAAUGAGACAUGAUUAUUUUUUGGAAUAAACAUGAAAACGAUAAAAAAAAUUUGAAUGUGAAUCUUUUCCUACCAAAGGAUUCAUCUAAUUACAAUAAAAAAGCUAAUAUAAAUUUGAAAAACACUAAUACAAAGGCUACCAUUCGCAAUUCACAGAGAGAACGUCGGUUCGAAUCUCGGUGAAACACCAAAAUUAAGAAAAACAGUUUUCCAAUAGCGGUCGCCACUCGGCAGGCAAUGGCAAACCUUCGAGUGUAUUUCUGCCAUGAAAAAGCUCCUCAUAAAAAUAUCUGCGUUCGGAGUCGGCUUAAAACUGUAGGUCCCUCCAUUUUGUGGAACAACAUCAAGACGCACACCACAAGUAAGAGGAGGAGUUCGGCCAAACACCCAAAAAGGGUGUACGCGCCACUUAUAUAUAUAUUGGUUACGCGCCAAUUAUAUAUAUAUAAUACAACAAUUUAUUGCUACAUUAUAACACAGUAUAUCUGUAAGAUUAGAGUAAGAAAUAUGUGUCGAGGAAUUAAGGAGUUGACACUUAGGUUCAUAUUUUUAUAUACAUACAUUUAAAUAUUUCACGAAAGCGACUUAUUUUAUAAAAAACAUAUUAUAUUUAAGUUGAUCUGAUCUGGUAUUUAAUGGCAUGAAUUUAUGUCUGUAAAAAAUAAAUAAACAAUAACAGUUGCUAUUGUGAAAAAACUUUUGAGAAAUAAAUAAUAAAAGAUGCUAUAUUAUUAUUA